AUGCGCAUCCUCUUCGAUCGCCGUCGAGGCCGGCGCGGUAUCGCUGUCCUGCCGGCCGUUGCCGGCGCCCUCGCUGUUCUCCUGCCCCCCGCAGUCCUGGCGGCUCAGGACAGCUGCGUCAACUAUGCUCAGGUUUCUGGAGACUCUUGUGUGUGCCCCGCGGGGUUUACAGAAACAGGCUCGAACGCAUGCGACCUCCCCCAGUGUGGCGGUAGCCUGUACACGCCUGGGACUGUGGCGACGGGAACGUUUGGCAACGUCACAAACUGCGCGUGCUCGGACGGCUGGACGGGACCGUCAUGUACAGUGUGCAAGUCGUCGGACGCAUGCUCGGUCUCGAUCCAAAACUACCUCAACUCGUCGACCGCGCUGGCCAACAGCGCCCUCAACACCAGCAUGAUGUGCUCGAGCGUCCCGACAGUGUACGCGGCAAGCCACAUGUCUUGUGCUGUCAACGUGCCCCUCCUCCAAACCCUGUUCCCGGGCACGUCGACAUUGACCAUCUCGCGCUUCCUGAAUGCGUCCCGUACACCCGGCGGCACCACGGCCCUGCAGCAAGCCGGCAUCGCUGGCGGUGACAAUGUCAUCUGGGCCCAACUCUGGUACGAGGAUGUCGAGCAGUUUUACUGCACGGCGUCGUCGUGUGUCCAGACCGUCUCCUCGACCGGGUCCGGAACGACCAACUCGUCAGACUGGAACUGCCCCACUCUCAACUGUACUUGCCGGCCUGGAACCAGCUUUUGUGGCGGGGGUGCAUCCACCACGCAAAACCUCACCGUCGCCAUUGACCCUCUCACGGGCCCGCUCACCGUCUCGUGCAACCCUGACGGAACGUGUUAUUUCAAGCAGACGUUCUUGAACAACAUGUUUGGCAGCGGCGGCCUCGCGUUAGACUCGUGCGUCUUUGGCGAGUGCGUUCAGCAAUAUGUCGUCGACCAAGCUCUGGGCAUUUCAACAGCAGCCAGUUCGGGCAACCAACUCUCUGGCGGCGUUAUCGCUGGUCUAGCGGUCGUGGGCGCCAUCAUUCUCGGUAUCGUCCUGCUCGGCAUCUGGGGCGUGAUCGUCCGCAACAAGGCACGCAAGGUUCCCGACCAGUCGCUCGAGAAGAAGCAACACGGCGGCGUCGGCCUAGCGUGGACUGGUGUCGGGUACGAAGUGCAGCCGCACGGUCGGGGACUGUAUGGUAACACUAUCCGGUGGCUGCGUGGCUGGGGAUCGCCCGACAAGCGCAUCAAGAAGGAGGAGCAGUCCGAGGAAGAAGGCUCUGGCGUCGGUCCGAACGGCGGCAAGGUCGUGCUUCGUUCCGUGUACGGCGAGCUCCCCGCUGGCGGGUUCUGCUGCGUCCUCGGCCCCUCGGGUGCGGGCAAGUCGACGCUAGUGGACAUUCUCGCCGGCAAGCGCAAGACAGGCGAGGUAGAGGGCAAGGUCGUCUAUCUGUCUGACCUCAAGGACGAUCACCGCGUCAAGAUUGGUUAUGUGGACCAGAGCGAUGUCCUGUCGCCCACGUCUACCGUUCUUGAGACUCUACAGUUUGCAGCGUACCUUCGCUUGCCCGAAAACGUGUCAAAGGCCGUCAAGGACGAGCGUGCGCGCGAGGUCAUGGCCCAGCUUGGCCUGUCCGACAUUGCCGAGACACGCAUUGGAUCCGGCGAGCACCGCGGUGUCUCUGGUGGCGAGAUGCGCCGUGUGUCCAUCGGCAUCGAGCUCGUCGCCGCUCCUGACAUUUUGAUUCUGGACGAGCCCACUUCGGGUCUCGACUCGGUCUCGGCGGCCCGCAUCGUUCGCCUGCUCAAGUCACUCACCCAGGACCCAGCGUGCCGCACCACGAUUGUCGCGUCCAUCCACCAACCGUCGUCGGCCCUGUACCACUCGUUCGACCAGGUGUGUCUCCUUGCCAACGGAACCCAGCUCUACUUUGGCCCAGGCGGUAACACCCCGGCCGAGUUUUUUGCCGCUCAAGGUCGCCCCUGUCCUCCGGGCUACAACAUCGCUGAUCAUCUUUUGGAAGUGGCCGCUGAGCGUCCGGCAGGCUUGCACUCUGGCCAGGCGUCUGUGGUCCCCACCAACAGCCGGCCAUCGCCCGAGGCAUCUGGAGCCGCGUCCAAGAUGCAGUCCGAGGAAUCGGUACACCGCGGCUUGACCGAGAAGAGCAGCCACGAGGAAAGCCACACGCAUCACCGCACCCACAGUUUGAGGCGGACGCUGUCGACUGGAAGGGAGGUGGACCUCGCCUUUAUUGCUUCAGAGAACAAGAAGGAGUCGCGCAGCUGGAUACCCAAGAGCCACUGCGCCACGACGCUUCUGACCCAGAUCCAGGUCUUGGGCGGCCGUGAAUGGCGCAACCUCAAGCGCGACAAGACGCUCCUCAUCGCCCACCUUGUCGUCGCGUGCGUUCUCGGCUGCUUCGCUGGCGGCCUGUACUUCAACAUCAACCUCACCAUUGCCGGCUUCCAGAAUCUCGUCGGCUCCAUGUUCUUCCUCGGUGCCCUGAUCUUGUUCACCUCGUUCAGCGCGCUCAAUAACGUCCAGGACAUCCGACCACUGUACCUCCGCGAGCACGAUGCCGGUUUCUACUCGCCCACUGCCUGGCUCAUUGCGCGUUUCCUCUACGACCUCCUGCCCCUCCGUCUCAUCCCGUCCAUCAUCGUCAGCACAAUCGUCUACUUUAUGGUCGGCCUCAACCGCGAGCCCGCGCUGUUCUUCAAGUUCCUGCUCGUCAUUCUCGAGUUUACAGUCGUGGCAACCCUGUACAACUUCCUCCUCGGUGUCGUGUUUGCGCACAUGGGCGUCGCCAUGCUCACUAGCGCACUGUUCGUCAUGGCCAACUUGGUCUAUGCUGGCUUCUUCAUCAACCUCAUGCAGAUCCCGCCGGUUCUGCGCUGGGUCCACUACAUCAUGCCCCUGCCGUAUACGCUGGAGGCGCUCACAGUCAACGCGGUUGGCGCAGGCCUGCAGAUCAUCGACGUUUUGAACGGCGUCUCCAUCCAGAUUGGCGCCGUCGUCAUCAUGAACACAUUGUUCGGCUUCGAGGCUAAGAACUACUUUAGAAACGUCCUCAUUCUCGCCGGCUUUAUCAUCGGUAUCGCCAUCCUCCUGAUGGUCAGCACCGUCUCCUUUUUGCGGCAGAGGAGGUGA